CCGUUUGCUGCAAGGACUCCCAACGCUGCUCUCGCUCCUGCCAUGUGCUGCUGCUGCUAGUAGCUAGUCAAGCGUGUCUCCGGCUGCAAACUCCACCAAACAACACACUGCAGCCUCCUCCUCCUCCUCCUCCUCCAGGGAAAGAAUCCAGUAAGUAUUCACCGAGAGCCCUCCCCGCUCCACCCGGAGCACCCUGCGAUCAGAGCUCCUGGGCUCUCCUCACAAAGGGAGUCGAUUUCCCUUUGCCUUGCUGGCUCCCGUUCGAACUCACCGAGCCGCUGCCCCAGCCGGGCAGAGAAGGAGCUCCCCGGGAUUCCCACCAAAGCCAUAGAGCGCUCUCCUCUUCCUCCUGGCUGCCUCGCCUUGGCCACUCGACGAGCCGCUGCUGCAUUCAGAUGGGAUGGUCUCCCCCACCCUCCCACGAGCCAUGCUGCUGCAGCUUCCCACAUCAGCCGGAUGACUUCUCUGUUUGCUACUAGUGCCUGGCGCAGAGCUGGGCUGGUUCUUGGCGGUGCUGAGGUUGGAGGGAGUGGAGUGGGGGCGGGGGUCUGUGUGUGUGUGCGCUUCCUUCUCACCAGACGCAGCAGCUAGGAGGGAACAAGGCUGGCUGUUUUUCCUUGCCACCCUCAGGUCUGCGUCUCGCUAGCCUGUGGUACACUCACGUGUACACCAGUCAAAUGUGUAAUGCUGCAGUGGGCAGCCCACCACCACUACCGGAACAGCUCCAAAUGGACUGGGCGAGCCAGCUGCUGAAGGACCCCGCUCGGGAGCGAACAACACCUCGGCUCUGACGCCCCAUCUCAGUGCAGCCCCUGUAUUUCCUCUUUCACUCAGACCCCCUCUCACUUUAUUCCCCCCCUCCCCAAUCUGGGUGUUCCCCUCCCCCACUUUACUCUCCAACCCUAAAACCUCCAUUCCCUCUUUCCACCUUCCCUCUUGUAUUGUAUGUUUCUUUGCUUGGCAACCACCGGUUUCCCUCAGUCAAACGGCGCAGACUGCCCAUCAUUUGAAAUUAAUUUGUUUGACUGCAGCACCGAGACAGGAAGGUUGGGAAAUUUAUUUAAUUCAUUUCCCUCCCUGUGCAAAAGGAAGCGAUGAAAUUUCCAAUCGAGACUCCAAGGAAACAGGUGAACUGGGAUCCUCAAGUGGUUGUUCCCUCAGCCAUGUCAGCUUGUGAGCCCAAGACUAACGGGCACCAUCCAGCUCCACGACUCUCUGUUUCUUCCCGAACCACUGUGGUCGCCACCAUGGAAACCACCUCCCAGGGCUCGCAGACAGUCAUGAAGUGGAAAACAGUGGUGGCCAUCUUUGUUGUGGUUGUAGCUUACCUGGUAACUGGAGGUCUUGUCUUCCGUGCCCUGGAGCAGCCUUUUGAAAGCAGCCAGAAAAAUACAAUAGCCUCAGAGAAGGCGGAUUUCCUUCGGGAGCACGUUUGUGUGACCCCAAUGGAGCUGGAGACUCUGAUUCAGCAUGCCAUUGAUGCAGAUAACGCAGGAGUCAGUCCCAUAGGAAACUCUUCUAACAACAGCAGUCACUGGGACCUUGGAAGUGCCUUUUUCUUUGCUGGAACAGUCAUCACAACCAUAGGGUAUGGGAACAUCGCCCCAAGCACUGAAGGAGGCAAAAUUUUCUGCAUUUUGUAUGCCAUCUUUGGGAUUCCACUCUUUGGCUUCUUGCUGGCUGGAAUUGGAGAUCAACUAGGAACCAUCUUUGGGAAAAGUAUCACAAGAGUGGAGAAAGUUUUCCGAAAAAAACAAGUGAGUCAGACAAAGAUCCGGGUGAUCUCCACUAUCCUCUUCAUCCUCGCAGGGUGCAUUGUCUUUGUGACCAUCCCUGCAGUCAUUUUCAAACAGAUUGAAGGAUGGACAGCCUUGGAGUCCAUUUACUUUGUGGUCAUCACUCUGACCACGGUUGGCUUUGGCGAUUUUGUAGCAGAACCAUGUAUGCUUAUUUCAGGGGGAAAUACUGAUAUCCAUUAUCGGGAGUGGUACAAGCCCUUAGUCUGGUUUUGGAUCCUCGUCGGCCUUGCCUACUUUGCUGCUGUCCUGAGUAUGAUUGGAGACUGGCUAAGAGUUCUAUCCAAGAAGACAAAAGAAGAGGUUGGUGAAAUAAAAGCCCACGCGGCUGAAUGGAAAGCCAACGUGACUGCUGAAUUCAGGGAAACCCGGAGGCGGCUCAGCGUGGAGAUCCAUGACAAGCUUCAGAGGGCAGCCACCAUUCGGAGCAUGGAACGUAGGCGCCUAGGGCUGGACCAGAGGGCCCACUCACUGGAUAUGCUCUCUCCGGAAAAGCGCUCUGUCUUCGCUGCCUUGGAGACGGGACGCUUCAAGGCCUCAUCUCAGGAAAGCAUCAACAACAGACCUAACAACCUGCGCCUUAAAGGGACAGAACAGCUCAACAAGCAUGGGCAGGGGUCAUCUGAGGAUAACAUCAUCAACAAGUUUGGCUCCUCGUCCAAGCUGACCAAAAGGAAAAACAAAGACCUGAAAAAGUGCAUCCCCGAGGAUGUGCGGAAAAUUUAUGAGACCUUCCGACACCUCUCCUUGGAUGAAGAGAAGAAGGAAGAGGAGACUGAGAAGAUGUGUAACUCAGAGAACUCUUCUAGCACAGCUAUCCUGACUAACUGUAUUCAGCAACACUUGGACCUGGAAAAUGGAACCAUCCCCAUUGAAACCAAAGAAAGGGAACAUGAAAACAAAACAUUACUUGAAGACAGAAAUUAAAUGUAAAAGAUGCUUGACUUUAAUUAACUUAUGUUAGUGUUUUUAUAUACAUACAUAUAUAUAUAUAUAUCUAUUGAGACACGUGCCUUAUACAGACUCCUUAUUCAGUCUGAAUUACAUAGCAUCGAAGAAUAUUUCACUGUGCCAUAAUGACUGAAGCUUGCUCUGCCAAAAUGAAUCAGAAACACAGCACUGGAGAAUGGCAACAGAAAGCAACACAUGGGGAACUUCAGCCUGUGUAAGAUGACAGUGGCAAAAUGCAAAGGGAGAAACUUACCAUGGCAAUACAACUGGAGUGCUACCACCAUGGCAUAAUGUUUGCAAAGGACAGCUAUGUUAGAAGAACCUGUGGGAGGGUGAAAAAAGAGGCGAGAACUGUGUGUCUUUUAAAUUGAUCAUGGCUUCAUUGAGCCUCCCACUGGUGAUUGAAAAGAGGAGAAAUAAUUGGGAUGAACUAGCAACUUUCAAUAAGGCUGAGUUUACAUUUUGGCACGUGAUCCAAGCUAGAUUUUUUUUUUCAUUUUUAAAAACAGAUGCAUUAUCUUUCUAAACUCCAAAAGCAUGUCCCUGGACUUGGAAGCCAGUUGGACAUUGGUUGUGAAAUCAAGGCAGACAUACUGAAGGAUGUGAUUGCUUUUUUCAUUUAAAAAAAAAAUACAAAAAAAAUUGUUUUCCUUUUCCUCAGAGGAAAUAUCUGAUAUAAACUUGCAAAUACUGAAUAAAAAGCAAGUUCAAACACUACAUGGUUUAAAAGAGGGGGGGAAAGAUAUAUACAAUGUUUUGCUUGACGCAUCAAAUAGUGGGCCAAUUUUUUAACAAUUUUCUUGUUCACACUUUAUAUCACUGAAGGAAGUUCAGUUUUAAUGCUGUAAUACUACAGAGACAGAAAGAAAGCUAUAGCCUUUGCAUGAUGUCAGCAACCGGCUGUUCUCUGUAGCCGAAUUGGAAUUUUAAAGAAUAGACUUAAGAGCAUUUACAAUACUAAAAUGAGGACCAGAGCAACCUUAGAAUCUCAGGGCUGUAUGUCCCUUUUGGUGUGUUAGGGUUUAGACAGGAGCUGGUCAUACCCUCCAAAAACAAGCAAACAAAAACAAAA